AUGCCUCCGAAUAAACAUGCAUCUAAUAUGCUUGUAUCACAUCAAAAACAAUACGGAAUUACAACUGGUCAUGUUCGUUUUCGAGCAUUAUGUCCUUUUUGUAAUAGUCCAACAUAUGUUUUACGUUAUUUUUGUAAACGUGAACAUAUGUAUUAUCAUUUACGUAUUCAAUAUUUUGGUGAAAAUGAAUAUAGUGUAUACAAAUCAAUUGCUGAAACUCAAAAUAUGAAUAAUCAUGAAAAAACUGAUUCACAACAUGAUGAAACCGAUGCUUCAAUAAGUAUCAGUGCUGAUGAUUCAAUUACAUUAAGUGGUACUCUAUCUCAACAACCACCAUCAACUAUUAUCUAUGAUCAAACUGGUUUACAAAGUGCAAGAGAUCAACAAAUUAAAAAUGAAAAAAAUUUAUAUCCAUUUCAUGAUAUAGAAGGAGAUUUGUUUGAUGUAUUACGAAAUGGUCUUUUCUAUGAUACAAUUCUUCAAUGUCAAGAUGGUAUUAAAAUUCAAGCACAUCGAUGUAUUCUCGGUGGUCGUUCAGCAUGGUUUCGAAAUCUUCUUGGUGAACAUCAUGAUCUAGAAACAAAAGGUGAAUAUGUUCUACAAAUAAGUAUUGAUGAUGUACAUUCUGAGAUCAUGAAUGAAAUAUUAAAUUUUAUUUAUACAAAUCGUUGUUUAAUUAGCUUAAAAAAUGCACCAGAUCUAUUAGUUGUUGCAAAACGAUUUGAAUUAGAAAAAUUAACUCGACAAGUUUCGGAUUUUCUUAUAUUUCGUCUUACUGUUGAUAAUGCUCUUGACAUGCUUAUCAGUGCACAUGAAUCAGAUUCCGAAGCACUUAAACAUGCAUGUAUACGUUUAAUUAAUCGUCAUGCUGAAAAAAUUAAACGUACAGAAAAAUGGAAAAAAUUCAAAGCUGAAUAUGUUGAUUUAGUACCUGAAUUAUAUGAAAAUCGAAUCGAACGCCCACCACAUACACAACAUACAUUUCUACCUGAUGUUUUUACAGCACCAGCUAUAUUACCAGAAAGUAUUCAAAAAUUAAGUCAAUUAUAUGAAAAUCCAGUUAAACAACGAGCUCCUUCACCAAAAUCUCGAUUUUUACCUCCACCAAAACAGCGUCAAAAACCUUCUACUCAAAAUCCUUCUUUUCAAACAGCUCACCAUGCUCAUCCUAAGGAGCCAAUGGUAAAAGAAACAACAGGUCCUUUUCCUCAACGAAACGGUUCAACACUUUCAUCUGCUUUUGGCCGAGAAAGUCCAGUGAGAAAACAAGUACCAAAUAAUACAGGACGUCGACCUGCACCAACACAAGCAGCAGUUCCUCCACUUGCACGUACAGGCUUUCCAACCGUUAAACAACCAGCACAAGUGGAAGCUUAUCGUCGUCCAGCAAACAUCUAUGAAAAAAGUGUUGCUCUACCAACAAAUAAUCAAAAACAAAAACCUAACAAUAAUCAGGUAUCACAAAGAUCACCACCAUCAGCACCAACAAAAACAUCCAAAUCUAUAACCCCUAAACGUGCCAUAGAAAUUCGACGAAGUCCAACAUUAACAGAUACAUCACAAGAUGAACAUUUAAUAUUAGCACGAGUUAUUAGUGUUGACACGAUGGAAUAG